AUGACAAACUUAGAAAACAUCUGUGGCAAGUUUAACUCCUCAAUAGAGAAUAUGAAACUUAUAGUUUGCAAUGAACUUCAAAGUAUAGAUACAACAAAAGUUUUGAACUCAGAUGCUUUGAAGAGUCUUAUAACAGACAAAGUUGGAGUUGUUGAAAGAAAGUAUAAAGACCAAAGAGUUUGUGAAAAUGUUGCAAACUUCAUUAUGGUUUCAAACAAUGCUGUUCCGAUGAAGUUAGAAAGUUCUGACAGAAGAUAUGUAGUUGUCAGAACGUCAGAUUCUCAUAUGCAAGAUACAGAAUAUUUUGACGACUUAGCAGAAACUUUGACAUCUGACUUUUACAACCACUUGUUCUCAUAUUUUAUGACAUUAGAUAUUUCAAAGUUCAAUCCAAGACAAAUUCCACAUACCGAAGAGAGACAAACAUUGUUAGAAGCAAACAAGAGUGUAUAUGAACUGUUCAUAGAUGAAACUGACUUUGAGUGUUUAGAUGAAAGGUCAUUGUACGAUUCGUAUAAACAAUAUUGUCAAGAAUAUGGUUAUAUGACAGCGUCUAAACGAACAUUCUUGGCAAAUGUCAAAAGUCUUUUAGACGUACAGAAUGGUGUAUAUACAAAGAAAAAUUUUUCUGA